AUGUUGAGCGUCGUCACAAGCAGGUCGUAUUUAGUGUCCACCACAGCGACUGACUCGUCAGCACAGUCAGGACUGCGUCCCCGCGAGGAUGUGACUCGUCUUGUCGAGAAAGAGGUGCAAGAAGUAGAAGAUGUUAUACGCGGCAUUUACCCCGAGGCCGCCUUCAUCGAGUAA